GAGGAUUAAAGCUCUUACAGGCGUCACCCGGAGCCCACUUUCUCUUCUCACAGACUCAGCACAGCUGGGACGGCUGACAAGAUGUGAGGCAUCAGGCUUGUGCUUCACCAACUCAAAGCUCUUUGGAAAAAGAAAAGAGCCGUUAGCAGCUCUAUCCAGGGCUGUCUUCAAAAUGCACUUUUGUUUUUAAUAAGCACGGUCAACUCAGCUGGCUUCGCUUGGGGGGAGAAAUCCUGCCGGCUUCCCUGUGUUACCACCUCCCGUGGGGCCAGCCAGUCCCAAAGGCUCCAACCAUGAGAAAAAGAGACGGUGGAUGCACCCCUUCAAGAUGGUGACACCCUCCUGAGAAGCAGGGCCACUUCCUGCAGGAAGGGACCUCUGCAGUGACUGGGCUGUUUCACCCCAGGGGCCUGCCGGCCUUUUCCUCAUCAACAGCUGAAGUCCUUCAACCUGUUUCAGGCACCCUUCAGAGAUAUUGCGAGUUUGGUUCCAGACCACCGUGGUCAAGCUUGUAUUGCAAGAAAGAGAAUAUGAAAGUAUUACUCAGGCUUGCCUGUUUCAUAGUUGUACUGAUGUCUUCUCUGGAGGCUGAUAAAUGUGAGGAGCGUGAAGAUGAAAUAAUUUUAGUUUCUACUGCACAUGAAAUUGAUGUUCGUUCAUGUCCUAUUAUCACAAGUGAAAAUAAAGGCCCUAUAAUUUGGUAUACAAAUGAUGGUGAGACACCUAUAUCUAUGAAAAGAGACUCCAGGAUUCAUCAGCAUAAAGACAAACUUUGGUUUGUUCCUGCUAAGGUAGAGGAUUCAGGAGAUUACUAUUGUGCAGUGAGAAAUUCAACUUACUGCCUCAAAAUUAAAUUAGCUGCAAAGUUUAUAGAGCACGAGCCUAACUUGUGUUACAAUGCACAAGCUGUAUUUACACAGAGACUACCGGUUGCAGGAGACGGACAACUUGUAUGUCCUUAUUUGGAGUUUUUAGAAGAUGAAAACAAUGAAUUACCCAAAAUACAGUGGUAUAAGGAUUGCAAACCUCUCCUUCUUGACAAUGUAAACUUCACUGGAAUAACAAAUACACUCAUCAUAGCGAAUGUGACCACCGCACAUAAUGGGCACUAUACCUGCAGUGCAUCCUAUACACACUUGGGAGAGGAGUAUCCUGUCUCUCGGGUGAUAAAACUGAUUACUAUAGUGAAACACAGGAUCACGACACCUGAGAUUGUCAGUCCAGCCAAUGAGACGAUGGAAGUGAUCUUGGGAUCUCAGCUCCAAUUGAUCUGCAAUGUGACUGGCCGGGUGAGUGACUUUGUCUAUUGGAAGUGGAAUGGAUCAAUAGUUGAUGAAGACCCAGUACUGAAGGAAGAUUUCACACAACUGGAGAAUCCUUUAAACAAAAGAAGGAGUACAGUCCUUGCAACACUUAAUAUUUCAGUAGUGGAAAGUAAAUUUUUUCUACAUCCGUUCAUCUGUUUAGCCAAGAAUACAUAUGGAACGAGGACAGCAUAUAUCCAAUUAAUACAUCCAGUCCCUGAUUUCCACAAGCCCACGAUUGGUAUACUUGUCAUGGUAACACUGCUAAUUACAUGCUCUGUUUUCAUCUAUAAAGUCUUCAAGAUUGACAUUGUGCUCUUGUACAGAGAGACCUGCUAUGAUUUUCUCCCGAAAAAAGCUUCAGAUGGAAAGACAUAUGAUGCAUACAUACUAUGUCCAAAGACCCCUGGGGACGGGUCCACCUCUAACUCAGAUAUUUUUGUGUUUAAAGUCUUGCCUGAGGUCUUGGAAAAACAGUGUGGAUAUAAGCUGUUUAUCUGUGGCAGGGACGACUACGUUGGGGAAAGCAUUGCUGAGGUUACUAAUGAAAACAUAAAGAAAAGCAGAAGACUGAUUGUGAUUUUGGUCCGAGAAACAUCAGAAUUCAGGUGGCUGGGGAAUUCAUCUCAAGAGCAGAUAGCUAUGUACAAUGCUCUCAUUCAGGAAGGAAUUAAAGUUGUCCUGCUGGAGCUGGAGAAAAUCCAAGACUAUGAGAAAAUGCCAGAAUCCAUAAAAUUCAUCAAGCAGAAACAGGGGGUCAUACGCUGGUCAGGGGACAUGACAGAGGGGGCACAGUCUGUGAACACGAGGUUCUGGAAGAAGCUCAGGUACCACAUGCCAGCCCAACGACAGCCACCUUCAUCCCAGCACCAGCUGCUGACCCCAGCCACUCAGUCGGACUUUAUGGAGAAACAGACAAGGGAGGUCCAUGUGCCUCUCUGAUAGUAGGGAAGCUUGGCCAAGAGUUCCUUGGUGACUCCUGUCUUUGGGCAUUGUGGGCUGAACCAAACCUCGCUGACUUGUAAAGUCAUACCACAUACCUGUAGAGUCCUUAUCCUUAAGGUCAUCUGGAAUUGGACAUAUUAAUGGAACAGGAUGUGGUGACAAUAGCAGGCCAGGGCAAUUCAGGGCAGAAAGCCUAGGAAGUGUGUUAAAAAGGCAAAAAAUGCCCUGUCUGAAUGUUUGAACUACUGGGAAAAGGAACUGGGGAAGAAAACAAGAGGAAUGAACAUGCAGAAAAUAUUCACCACCUAUAGACAGCUUUAGGAAGUCACCCUGGGAAGUCACACCUGAGGGCAGGGCUGUGACCCACUCUGGGGAUGGGCAGGGUCACUGGCCUUAAAGUGGCUUUGCUGGGCAUUGCUUCAGGCAGAGUGAGACUAAUACUGCCUGGAGGAAAGUAGAAGCAUUCUUGGAGAAUUUUCCAUUUGCCUUGUGUUUUCUAAACCCCUCAACAAUGGGCAGUCAUGUUCUAAAAAUGGGAUUUCAUUUCACAGACCUUUAAAACUGUCAUUUUCAUGAACAAAGGGAUUCUCUAGGAUGCUAAAGUUUGGAAGUAGCUGUAGCUUUCUGCAGGAAAGAGUGAAUUUCGAGAGCAAGAGUAGCAGAGAAUUUGAUGUACUCUUAAUGCUUUCCCCUGGAAGAACCAUUUGGUUCCACCUUAUUCUUCAGCAUUUUACUUGACUCGUCAGUUCUCUGGAAGGACAACUUCUAAGUCACCUCCUCUUUAUACCAUCACACGUACAGUCCACAGAUUGACCAUCCCUCCUAUGACGCUGCUCUGAUUGCAUCCUGCUUUUUCUAGAACACCUCCACAAGUUUCUCCGGCUCAGGAGCUAAAGCCCAUGCUCCACCACCUUUUCCCAUGUUCUCCCACUAGCAUUUCACCACCGCCUCACACCCCCAAUCCACCCGUACAGUUGGCCUCUCUCAGUUCUGCCAUGGGAAUCCCCAAGUUGUGUACCUCACACCUUCCCCCCAGAGCCCUUUCAUAUCUGCUGCUUCUUCCUGCCUCCUUUGACCAGAAAUUCUCCUCUCAUUUUCUCUACCUGACCAAAAUUUUACCCCAGCUCACCUUCCCUGAGAAACUGCCCUGAGGCACCUGUUCUUCUCAGUCUGAUAGUACUUACUCUUGGCUGUCACUUUAUGAGAAGUUUGUUCUGUCUCCAGUUAGGAGACCUGCUCUCUGCAGGAGAGGCAUGGGGGUGUCUCUUUUUUGGAGGUGCCUUCAGAAGUAAUUUGCACAUGUAAUACAUUUUAUUGUUUAAAAAUGGUCCAUGGAUUAUCUUAAAUUUUUCAAAACCUUUUGUAAGCUCUUCCUUUCAGAUCUUCCCCAUGAAUUACAUUUUUACUGCAUUAUCUGAUGGUAAUUUUUUGGGGUCUAAGUGUUUAGGAAAAGUUUAUGAAUACAAUGAAGUGUCUCACUUUGAGUUGUUAAAACUGGCUUAUUGGAGUUUUUUCCUCCUUCUGCCUCUGUUUUAUGAAAGAAAGGGUAUUGAGCCAUUUUUUUCAAUGACAUUUUUGAUAAAUUAUAUUUGUACUGGUUAAUGAUGAAGGGUUUUUUAAAAACUUGUUUGUAUAAUUCUGCAGCAGAAUAUUUUUAUAUCGUAAAGACACCAGAUUCAUGUACAGCACGUAUCAUUGAUCAAGGGACUGUACUUAUUUUCCAAUAAAACUGUCAAAACCUGG